GAAACUCGGAAAAGUAAACGGGACGCUGCUCGGUUUACUGUUCACAAUCAGCCCUCGCACUUCCAUCGGAUUGCGAAGUGGAAAGAAAGAUGGGGAAAGGGGCGGCUCUUAGAUCACUUUUCCGAUCACUGGCUUCCAGAUCUUAUCGUUUAUCUGCCAACAAUAACCAUAUUCUACGCACCAGCCAUACUCACUCCCGCGACUAUUUGGCUGCUCGUACCCUUUUUAACCUAUCUCCCUCUCAUGUAUCUUCUUCUGCCGAUCGUCUCCCUACAGAAAGCAGGUCUCCUCUCUCAACAGGCUUGGGAAGUGUACGAUUUUAUAGUGAGCAUGUAACCCACUUGCCUGAAAUUCAAGACCCUAAGCUACAAAAUGCUUUCAAGGAUUUGAUGGCAGCAAAUUGGGAUGAGCUCCCCCAUGCUGUCAUUUAUGAUGUGAAGACGGCAUUAACUGGAAAUACUGAUGACAAAGCUGGCAAGGAAAUAGUUGAAAAUGUCUUCCGUGCUGCAGAAGCCAUUGAAGAGUUUAGUGGGAUACUAGUGACCCUAAAAAUGGAAAUUGACGACAGCAUUGGGUUAAGCGGCGAGGAUGCAAAGCCCGCACCUGAUCAUAUAAAGAAUGCGCUUAAAACUGUUUUUGAUCGUUACAACACUUAUUUGAGUUCGUUUGGGCCGGAUGAAAACUAUCUACGGAAGAAGGUGGAGAUGGAACUGGGCACAAAGAUGAUCCACUUGAAAAUGAGGUGCGGCGGCCUUGGUUCUGAGUGGGGAAAGGUUUCUGUUCUUGGAACUUCUGGACUUGCAGGUUCAUAUGUUGAACAGAGAGCAUAGAAACAGCCCAUGUAAUUGUCUGUUUAAAGUUAUGCUUUUGCAUAUCUGCAGACGGUGCGAUUUGUUUUCUCCUAAACUUUGUUGUUGAGCUUCUUAUGGCAUGUACACAAGGGCGCAUUGGUUUUGCAAGAAUAAAGCAACAUGUCUUCGCAAUGUUUUUGCAGUAAUCCUUCACCAAUGUCUUAUUUCA